CACAACUUCAAUGAUUCCUAAACCCUAAAACAGAACAAGAGCUCGAUCAUCUCUCAAUGGAGGCGUCGAUGGAGGUCGACGUGGAGAACUCCGGCGCCGCUUCCGACUCUUCUCCUUCUUCCAAGUGCCUUGGCCUCAAGAACACCAUCCACACCAACUUCGGCGAAGACUAUGUCUUCCAGAUCGCCUCCUGCCAGGAGACGUCGUCCUUGGCGGUGUCUCUUUCAUCCAACGCCAUCAAGUUUUACUCCUCGGCGACUGGACAGUUUAUCGGAGAGUGCAAAGGGCAUUCUGCGACGAUCCAUGAGGUCUCGUUCUCGAUUCCAGGUCAUUCCAAUGCAUUGGGGUCUUGCUCGUCUGAUGGCACUGUCAGAGUUUGGGACACCAGGGCGUUUAAGCAGGUUUCACUGCUGAGAACUGGCUCCUCACAAGAAAUAUUUAGCUUUUCUUUUGGUGGGUCAAGUGGUAAUCUUCUAGCUGCAGGCUCAAAUGCACAGAUACUUUUUUGGGAUUGGAGACAUGGAAAGCUUGGAGCAUGCUUGGAGGAGUCCCACAUGGAUGAUGUUACUCAGGUACGCUUUGUUCCUAGUCAACAAAGCAAGCUCAUUUCUUCCUCUGUUGAUGGGUUGAUGUGCUUGUUUGAUACUGAUGGACAAAUUGAUGAUGAUGACCAUUUGGAAUCAGUGAUGAAUGUAGGGACUUCUGUUGCAAAAGUUGGGUUCUUUGGUGAAAUGAACCAAAGACUUUGGUGUUUAACACAUAUUGAAACUUUAAGUAUAUGGGAUUGGAGAGAAUCAGCAAGACAAAUCAAUUUUGAAGAAGCUCGGUCUUUGGCUUCUGAUAAGUGGAAUUUGGAUCAGAUAGACUAUUUUGUUGAUUGCCAUUACUCCGGAGCAGAUGAUCGAUUAUGGGUAAUUGGCGGCACUAGCUCAGGGACACUGGGCUACUUCCCCAUCAACCACCAGGUGCCGUCGGGCGGGAUUGGGCCAGCAGAAGCCAUACUUGAAGGUGGACAUUCAGGGGUUGUUCGAACCGUGCUGCCUGUUUCAUGCACACGUGGUAACUUGCCCCGCAACAAUGGCAUCUUCGGAUGGACUGGAGGUGAAGAUGGUCGGCUGUGUUGCUGGUUAUCAGAUAAAUCAUUAGAAGCUAAUCGCUCAUGGGCAUCCAGUGCCUUGGUGAUGAAGUCCCAGAAAAUUCACAAGUUAAACAGACGCAAUCCAUACUAAAUACCCAAAUGUAAUCUAAACUGGUGAGAAGCUUUCAAAUUUAUGUCAAGCCACAUGUAGGUUAGCCUUGAGCAUCUUUGUCUUGCCAUUCGUAUUAUUAGUGUUUGUUGGAGCUUAGGAUCAUGUAUUAUUUUUCAACCUUAGAGCAAAGAGCAUGAGAGGAGAUUUUGGCGAA